AUGUUUACAGCUCGCACUGUCGAGGGGUGCAAGGUGGACAUUGUCAUGCCACCCAAGGAGAGGCAGUAUCUAGAGCAGGAUGUGAUCAAUGAUGGACAAGGAAUUGAUGCUCUCUAUGAGGCUCUGGGCAACACCCAAGUUCAAAAUGCCAAGUCCUCGGUUGAGAGUGACAGGCUGGCCAUUCUGAACAAGGUAGAGUCAGAUGUCGGAUUCCAAGCACUCAACAAUGAAGUGAACAACUUGUUGCGGGGGUGGAUGCAGGGUGCCCUCGCUCAGUUAGUGGAGACUAGAGAAAACACCAAUGAUGAGAAAUGUGUUGACUUUUGCAACCGAAUUGGGAUUAUCUUGAGCAAGAAUGGAGAAUCUAAUGCAGCCAUGAAACUCUAUGAGACUGCUCUGGCAAUUUGUGAUACUGUGUUGGGUGAGAAUCAUAUAGCAACUGCAGCCACCUACAACAACAUUGGUUCUGUCUUGGAUCUCAUGGGUGACUAUGAAGGUGCUUUGGCAAAGUACGAGGAAGCUCUUGCCAUUAACUUGUCCGCGUUGGGCAAGACUCAUCCUGAUGUGGCAACCACUUUCAAGAAUAUUGGGCUUGUUUUGGACAAAAUGGGUGAUUAUGAAGGUGCUUUGGCAAAGUACAAAGAAGCUUUGGUCAUCCAAGAGUCAGCAUUAGGCAAGAAUCAUCCUCAUGCUGCACUUACCUACAACAAUAUUGGACUCGUAAUGAUGAAGAUGGGUAAUUAUGAUGGCGCCUUGACAAAGUACAAAGUAGUGCUUGCCAUUCGACUGUCAGCAUUGGGCAAGGAUCAUCCCGAUGUUGCAACCAGCCACAACAAUAUUGGGAAUGGGCUGUAUGCCAAGGGCGAAUACGAAUGGGCUUUGUCCAAGUACAAAGAAGCUCUUGCCAUUCGAUUGUCAGUAUUGGGAAAGAACCAUCAUGAUGUGGCAAGUAGCUACAACAAUAUUGGGAAUGUGCUGUAUGCCAAGGGUGACUAUGAAUGUGCUUUGUACAAGUACAAGGAAGCUCUUGCUAUUGAAGAGGCGGUGUUGAAAAAAAUUCAUCCUGAUGUGGCACGCAGCUAUAACAAUAUUGGACUCGUAAUGAUGAAGAUGCAAGACCAUGAAGGUGCUUUGUCAAAUCACAAGAAAGCUCUUGCUAUUCGCUUGUCAACAUUGGGCAAGAAUCAUCCCUCAGUGGCAACCACCAACAAUAAUAUUGGCUGUGUUUUGCAAGAGAUCAAUGACUGUGAAGGUGCUUUGUCAAAUUACCAGGAAGCUCUUGCCAUUCAAUUGUCAGUUUUGGACAAAGAUCAUCCCGAUGUGGCAAGUAGUUACAAUAAUAUUGGGCUUGUGAUGCAGAAUAUGGGUGACUAUGAUGAAGCCUUGCUGAAGUUUGAAGUGUGCCUUGGCAUUCUAGUUGAUUUGUUGGGCAAGGAUCAUCCAGAUGUGGCAACUGCUUGUGGAAAUAUUGGAUCUGUUCUGUGGAGUAAAGGCGACUUCGAAGGUGCUCUGUCAAGUUACAAGGAAGCUCUUGAAAUUAGAUUGCCAGCCUUGGGCAAGAACCAUCCUGAUGUGACAACCACCUACAACAAUAUUGGUUCUGUCUUAUAUUCUAUGGGUGACUAUAAUGGAGCUUGUUGA